UUUACAUUGUCCUGGAGCUUUGCAGAAGCGGUCGAUGAUGGAGCUGCACAAGCGCUGGAAAAGCAUCACGGAGUUCGAGUGCCGCUACUACAUUUACCAGAUCAUCCAAGGCGUCAAGUAUCUGCACGACAACCGCAUUAUCCAUCGCGACUUGAAGCUAGGAAACCUGUUCUUGAACGAUAUGCUGCACGUGAAGAUUGGCGACUUGGCCUAGCCACUCGCAUCGAAUAUGAGGGCGAACGCAAGAAGACUCUGU